CCCUGCCAGGCCCAGCCCCGGAGCCGCUGGCCGGGACCGGGACCGGGACCGGGAGCGCGGCCGGGAACGGGACCGGAACUGGAACUGGAAGUGGAACUGGAACUGCCGCCAGCGCCAUGGACCGCGCCGCGCCUCGGCCGCGGGCAUGACAGCGUGGCCGUGUCCCGAACUUCGCCUCGGGCUCCGCGGGGAGCCAGAAGAUGAAGCCCAUAGUCCAAAGGAGACGAUCUACCCCUUCUGCCAUUACUAAAGCUCUUGGCAAGUCAAGGUACCAUUCCAGGGAAACUACCCUUUACUCUUCCCACCCCGACAAUGGGCUUCCAAGUGGGGUGUUCAGCAACCCAGACUCCACUUUUGUCCUGGACGAGCGAGUACAGCUAACUGUGGGCCUGCAGACCCAGGAAAGACAUUUGAUCUUGUUCAGUGAUGUGCUGGUCAUCGCCAAGUCCAAAUCCUCCUCCAGCCUGAAGCUGAAAAAGCAAGUGCAUCUGAGUGAAGUGUGGACCGGCACCUGCCUCAAUGAAGUGACAGAGAAAAAGAUGGGUCCUGAGAAUUCCUUUGUCAUCGGUUGGCCUACCACUAACUAUGUUGUCACCUUCAGCUCAGCUGACGUGAAGGAACGGUGGCUGUCAGCCUUACUGUGGCAUAUUAAUGAGGUGAAACAGAAUGAAUAUCUGAAGAAUCUAACCCUUCAGAUCUUUGUGCUGGAUGCUGACAACUGCCCUUCUACUACCUCAGUCAAUGUGUCCAAUAUGGAAACUGCAGAGAGCGUGAUGGAGAAGACCCUUCUACAGCUUGGACUUCCUGGCAGAGCAAGUGAACACCACCUCUGGGUGAUCUCAGGAAAAGAUGACCCUGCUUACCCUCUCAUUGGGCAUGAGCAUCCUUUCAGUAUCGCAUUGAACUGUCUCCGGGACUCUGCUGACCAGCAGCAAGGAACCAACAAUAACACGCUCCUGGCUGAUGGGACAGAGGCUUCCUUCCUUGACCAUGUCCCAAAGGAAAAGCAAUGUCAGUUUGUUCUGAAGCCUAGGCUCCAAGUUCCAGUGCAGCUGAGGAGAGAGCCACUGCAGAAGCACACCAAGAGGAAGAAAUCGUUGAUUGACUGGGCCCUGCGCCGCAGCACCAGCACCCCUGCAGGCAGCCCCCCUUCACAGUCCCCCACCACCCCACGGAAGCUCUUUGGCCUGUCACUGUCCUCUGUCUGUCCUGAUGGGAUCCUUCCCAAGCCAAUCAUGGAUAUGCUGCUGCUGCUGUACCAUGAAGGUCCCUCUACUAGGGGCAUUUUCAGACGUUCUGCCAAUGCCAAGACUUGCAAGGAGCUGAAGGAGAAGCUGAACUCCGGAGAUGAUGUCCAGGUGGAUGGAGAGUCAGUCUUUGUGGCUGCAGCUGUCAUCACGGAUUUUCUACGAAAUAUACCUGACAGUGUUCUAUCCUCAGACAUGCACGGACUGUGGAUGGAAGCUGUGGACACGGAAAAUCGAGCACAUAAGAUUGAAGCUAUCAAAAGUCUUGUCAACCAGCUCCCAGAGGCCAAUCUCAUCCUGCUCAGGCACCUCUUUGGAGUUCUCCAUCACAUUGAGCAGAAUUCUGGUAUCAAUCAGAUGAAUGCCUUUAACCUGGCUCUUUGCAUAGCACCCAACAUGCUCUGGCUACCAAGCCCCUCUGGGCCUGAAGAGGAAAGCAGGUCUACAAAAAAGGUGGCUUUGUUAGUGCAGUUCCUAAUUGAAAACUCAGGAGAGAUUUUUGGAGGUGACAUUGCUUCCUUGUUUCAAAGACCAGACAAAAAGAAGUCCAAAAACUCAGAGGAAUCCCUGGGCUUGGCUCAGCAUGAUGAUUCCUCUGAUGAGAUGGAGUUUUCUGCUUGUGACCCAGAAGGACCAAAGCACCACCUGGUACCUGACACAGAUGCCAUUUUUGAACCAUCCAGCUUCUUCCUCAGUGAGGAUCAGGAAGACUGGGACUUGUUCAGCGAGAUCACAGCCUGCUACCAAAGCAAAGCCCAGAAGAAUACCACUGCAGACAGCUACGAGCUCCUGGAAGAGGAAGGCUCCUUCUGCUCCAUCAGCUCAAUUCGCUCGCUCAGCCUGGCCCGGGACCGGUGCUCCUCGGAACCCAGUGUCUGCCUCAGCUCCCAGCUCCCUGCUCAGAGCCAUGGGACGGUGGCCCGCCAGUCCAGCUGUGAUGCCACCAUCAUGUGCAGCCACGCAGACUGCAUCCACAGGCUGCAGCAGCUGCAGCUGGAGAGCCAGAAGCUGAUUGAUGAAAGCCUAGGCCCUGGGGUUAAUAAGGUGAGGCAGAACUUGUGGCAGUCACCUCAGACUAGCUCUCAGUUGAAGAAGUUCAGCCUUCAGAAGUCCAGCCCGUCCAACACGUCCAGCUUCUCUAGCCUGUCCUCUGCCACCACCUCCCCAUCUGCCUCCUCUCUCAGCUCCUUAGACAGUGCUUUCUCCUACUGCUCAGAGUCAUCAGCCAUUAGUCCCACAGACAUCUCAUCCCUGCCCUUCAUGUUCAGCACAUCUGCUAGGCUUCACGCUGUGUCCCCCAAGAUUGCCAAGAGGUCCCCAAAAGAGUGGCAUAAGUCCUUCACACCUCCAGUGCCUUCACACAAGUGUGACCUGAACAGUUUCCAUGAGCAUGAGCCUCAGGCUGUAGAGAGCAGUCAUUGCUGUGGAGAGAGGAGAGGCUUUCUAUCUGACACUGACCAGGCGGAAGAGGAGAGGAGAGAUCUGAGAUCUCAGGGGGACCCUUGCCCAGAGCUCAGGAGCUCAGGUUGUACCAAAGAGCUUGAACAAACCCCUGAGCUCCACACUACCAGCCCAGCCAGUGAGAAAUCCCCACAGAUCAGACACAAGCAGCACCAGGAGAAAGUCAUGAAGAGCAUAGAAACCAAAAGCACCGAUGCUUCCCCUCCAAGCCAGGGAAGCCUGAAGCGCACCAAGAUAACUUUUUAUGUGACCUCCAAUAAAGCAAGCUCCUGGGGGUCUCCAGUGGAAGAGGAUGAGGAGAAAUCCCUGGCAGACACCAGCACCAGCAUGGAGCAGAGCCUGCCCAAGAGCUUGCAGACUGUGAGAGUCCAUAUCCCCCAGACAGUUUUCUAUGGGCAGAACACACCCCUUGUCCUGCAGUCCAUCUCCAGGCACUACCACCACAAACCAAUGGCCUCGUUCCCAGAGGCAGAGUACAGAGAAAGUCCCCAAAGUGCCUCCUCUCCAGAGGAGCUGGAAGAUGAGCCAGUGGAAAUGGUGCAGGCACCAGCCCACAGCAAGGGCUUCAACACGCUCAGCCACACCAUCCAGAUCAUCCUCCCUGCCUCCAUCCGCAGCACCGUCAGGGAGUAUUUCAAGCAGGAUGAAACCAAGGCUUGUCCCACAUCCGAGAUGGAGGCAGUGGAGAAGGAACUGCUGCGGAGCAGGGCAGGGUGGCUGAGGAGCCAGCCACGGGCAGGGCUGGCCAUAGAGGAGCCUGACACAGCAGCCUGUGCCCAAGAGACGUUUGUCUAGGGAGAAGUGUGUGUGUGUGUGUGUGUGUGUGUGCGCAGCAGAAAAAAUCGUGUAAGAUAUGAUCAGGGUGUGAAGAAUCUAUCAGGCUGCAUGGGGCUGUAAGUGUAAAGUACCGCUAAUGUGUAUGUAAUGUUGGGGUUAAACAUUCAUUUUUCAGGAGCGGGGGGAUUGUUUUGUUUUUUCUUUCCACGCUUUUUCUACAGAAGACGAUUCACUGGCUAGGUGUCUGGAGGGCUGAAUGCCACCAGGCUCUGUCUGUGAAUUAGCUGACCUCUACAGGGUCUGACUCCAUUUCUUUUUAGAGUGAGCAAGGAGACACUCUGCUUUCUUUUCUCCAGUUAGCUACUGGAGAUGUGUGUGUGGCUUACUGGAGAAGUGGAACAGCUAAUGCUCCAUCAAAAGUAGUUUAAAAUCUUCAAGCCUGCACAGAAUCCUUCAGUAUUCACUGUUCAUCCAAAGGAAAGCCCUUCACCCCCACCUCAAAGACAUCACUGCUCCUUCUCUGCUCAGCAUUUGUCCCCUGGUGAUCUAGCUCACCAUCUGUGUUGAUCACUGUUUGAAGCUGGGCUCCAGCAACACCGAGUGGACCCAAAGCUCACAUUUCAGCUUCCACCGACAGCACAUGUAAUAUUUUAACCCCAAGAUUGCUCCCCCCCCCCCUUACUUAUGCAUUGAUUCUUUUUUCUCAGACACACAAACCCCCAAGCCCCCAAAACAUAGCAUUUGACAAAGCCACAGUCACUAUAAAGGAUUUUAGCUCUGCCACUUUGGCAGGGCUGUGACCACUUGCCUUAUACAACGUCCUCUGGGAGCAGCAGGUCCUUUUAGUCCCAGUAAAAGGUGACAUUAUACUUCCAUACAUUAUGGUGACAUUUCAGAAGGCCCUUUCCAGAGCCAGUGUGGAUGAGGCAACUAAUCAAAUUCCUAGUCACACUGAGAGGGGUAGGAUUUGGCUUUAGCUUGAGAUCAAGGAGUUGUGGAAGUUGUCAGGAAUGUUGUUGAGUGCAUGCUGAAGCAAAGCCCCAGCUGGUCAGAAAGUUGUCAGACAGUCCAUAAGCUGAGACUCUUCAGGCACUGACACCAUCUCAGAGAAACAGCAAGUUCCCACUCAGCAAAGUACAUGGCAUAGAGUGCUCCAGUAGAGCGAAUCCUGGAGAUGUGCCAGGCAGGGAUGGGGUUCGGAGGCUGCUUGUGUUGCUCUGCUAAAGAAAUACACCCAGUGGACUCUUGGAGCAUCCCUGUAAUUAUACCUUGAAUCAUGCAAGCAUCGUCACCAUAAUGGGGCUUGUCCAGAGGGUUGUGAUACUGCCCGCUGGGCUCUUGAAAGAAGCCAAGAUCACCAUGUUAGUUUGACAGGCAUUAAGAAAACAGUGAGAAAAGUCUCAAAGGUUCAGGAUGUUUCAUUUGAAGGUUAGGGGAGAGUUUCCUAAGGUCGUUUCUCUCAGAGACACUCCAUUUACUCAAUUAACAGUGAAUGGGUGAAGGACAAGAGCAAUACAUGAGUCCUAAUGAUGAAGAGGUAGUUCUUGUGGAGUAAGUACCCCCUGCAAGUUGCUGAGUGUCUGCAAGUAGCUGUACCUGGAGCUGCUGGACCCCUGCCAUGAUUCAGUCCUCACACAGAGGGGGAAACCACCCCUGCAAAAUGAUCCAGGGGGGUGUCAGAUGCCUCCACUCAUCUGCCAUCUGCCCAUGAUGGUGCCUGGAGGUUGGCCCAGCGUUCCAGGUUAAUACCACUCAAUAUCAAGGCAGGGGAGGGAAGCCCAGAGUCCACUUCCCACAGUGUAAAGAGUUUGAUUUGUUAUAUGCAGGGUGUUUAACUCUGAAAUGUGGCACUGUCUGUCCCAGAUCCCCUUGGUGCCCCUGCUAUUACAAAAAGUGUAUAUAAUUGUAAUACAAACCGCCCCACCAUCCUUUUGCUCGCACAGGAACAUUCACAAGGCACUCACAGUCCUUUUUUCCAGAGCUACAGUUGUAACUAUUUAAAUAAAAGACACACAACUUUUUUUUGUUUGUCA